UCUUGUAGUGUGGCUGCUAUCUUUUCUGACAAGUUAUACUCUAUGGAUUCCGAGCUAUCUGGUUUUGAAUGCAGAAGCAGUGUUCCGUGACAAGAUCACAUGUAACUACUGCUGUAGGUCUUUAGUCACUAUAGUUUGCAGUGAGAUUGCAUUAUCACUUGCUGUUCAUUGAUAAUCAAAAGAGGAAUAUAUCUUCAGUCGAAGCAAAAAAAAAAGGUAGUGGAAAAGCCAAAGUUACCUUUCUGGUUAAAUCUUAGAUCUAGAGAAUAUGAGUCAUGAAUCUGGUAAUUUGAAAAAAUACAGUUUUAUCAAUAUAAUUGACUUUUUUUUGUAGUGAGAUCAAACUGGAAUGGAGUAGGUUUAUCUCAUAAGCGUGAUGCUGAGGCUAGAAAACAGGAACUGAGCUUGUGAAGGAGAAGCCAUUGCUCGGACCAGCAGGUAUUAUGUGGUUCUUUCUCAUAGGCCUCAGAGCAUCUGUAUUGGUGGGAUGAAGAGAGAGGGAGAAAAAGUCCCUUGUUCUGCAUUUUUUUUUUUUUGGUCAUAGGAGAGUAAGGGACAAGCCCUUAAUUAAGGGCUUUUCCCUUCUCUUUCUUCCUCGGUUCCCACCCCCUUCCCUUAAGGGAUGCCUUAAGGGCCUUCCAAUACAGAUGCUCUGAGGUUGAGCUAUCAUCUACUUGGUUGUUGUUUUUUUCUUUAAUAUAUAAAUAGGUUUUAUCCAUGUAGUUAAUUUCAGGGAUGAUCCCGAGCUUGAUCAAAUGAUGAAACAAAGAGUUAGAUGGGGAAAUCCAAUGGCUCAUAUGGUCAACGUAUUGUUUAUACAUCUGCUUACUCUAUAAACCCAUCACUAACCUAACCAAGACCGCCUUUCUACAGAAACAAAUGAUUCUAACACAUCACCGGAUCUCUAUAUUGCAGAAACUGGAGCACGAGACACCUCUUAUGGAUCUAGGGGCCGAUGAGAAGAUCAAUGUCUGGAUUUUCAUACCACAAAGUAUCCCCAAUGAUAAGUUUCUUGGGCUUCCAACUUAAAACCAAAGUUUUUUGGGCUUUCAACUUAAAACCAAUUGGCGAUUAGUGGAUUGACUCAUGUUCCUUAUAUAUUACUCAAUUCCCUUUCAUAUUUCCGAUGUGGGAUCUUCUCUCCAUCAUAAGUUUCUUGGGCUUCCAACUUAAAACCAAUUGGCGAUUAGUGGAUUGGCCCAAGUCUCUUAUAUAUUACUCAAGUCACUUUCAUAUUUCCGAUGUGGGAUCUUCUCUCCAAUACCCUCCCUCGAGAUAGUGGUGCGUAUAACCAUUAAUCUCGCAUAAUCCAUCAUACCCCCUCCAAAAUCAUGCUUUAUUUUUCUAGCGAUCUCGGUGGAACUGAGCCUUCUAUGGGUCAUCAGCUAAUGGGAUGAUCGGACCACUGUCCGGGCCGGAUUAAUAGGUCAGGGUAUUGAACCUGGCUCUGAUACCAUGAUAAGUUUCUUGGGCUUCCAACUUAAAACCAAUUGGCAAUUAGUGGAUUGACCCAUGUUCCUUAUAUAUUACUCAAGUCCCUUUCAUAUUUCCGAUGUGGGAUCUUCUCUCCAAUACCCUCCCUCGAGAUAAUGGUGCGUAUAACCAUUAAUCUCGCAGAAUCCAUCAUACCUCCUCCGAAAUCAUGCUUUUAUUUUUCUAGCGAUCUCGGUGGAACUGAGCCUUCUAUGGGCCAUCAGCUAAUGGGAUGAUCGGGCCAUUGUCCGGGCCGGAUUAAUGGGUCAGGGUAUUGAACCUGGCUCUGAUACCAUGAUAAGUUUCUUGGGCUUCCAACUUAAAACCAAUUGACCAUUUGUGGACUGACUCAUGUUCCUUAUAUAUUACUCAAGUCACUUUCAUAUUUCCGAUGUGUGAUCUUCUCUCCAAUACCCAAGCACAACUGGUUAUUAAAAAGAGGAUUAGAAGCUGCACCUAAUAUGAUGAGACUGCAAGAUAGAAGCUAAACUGUACUCUCUCACAUUACCGAUCUAGUUAAUUGGUUUAGCUGUUUUAUUAUUUAAUCUUCAUUUAUUUAAGUUCAGCAAAUAACAAAGAGAAAGACUUGGUCUCCUGACUUGUAGGAGAACAGGCUCAACUCUCUCACGUUGAGUUUUCCUCAACUUCAUGUACCCAUUUGCUUCCUGUUUUGUAGGAACUAGUGUUCCAUCUUUCUCUAUUUAAACUAAUGAAAAACUAAAAAGAGGUAGUCUUAACUACCCAAAAGAAAACGCUUUGUAUGUUCAUGUUUCUAGAUCAACAUUGAUAUCUCUUGGCAAGGGACCUAUUAUAAUCCGUAUGGAAUCAAACCCGGUAGACAUUAUUGGGAUGGAGUUGAGUUGACUGCAGUAAGUAAUACGGGUUAGUAUUUUCUGGUAUAUGUGUAUACUAAAAUAGAAGUCCAUUGGAAGCCUAUUUGUGUAAUCUGUGUUUUUGGUUUAUAGGACAUGAGAAGGAUAGGUUUAAGAAGACGAGGGAGAAAAAAACAACAAAAGAGACCUUUGGGUUGUUUAUGAUAUGUAAUCAGAAUUUGUUGGGCUAAAUGUGGUUUGGUUCAGGAGAUAACCACUCUCAACUAAUGAACUAUGGGUAGGAUAUGUUAAGACAAACCGAGUCUGGUUCUGUUUGAAAUUCCAGAUAACGGUACAGUAUGGUUUUCGGUAUAACCGAACUCAAUGUUCAGAAAGUAGUUCUAAACCGAACUCAAUUGUUAAUUCUCCGGUUUGUAUAAACAAAUUGGUAACAAAAAAUGUUCGAUUUAACAUCAUGGAAAUACUAUCGAAUAAAUCAAAAAGAACCAAAAAGUAAUAAAUCAUACAUGAUAAAGAACCGAUUGUUGUCACUUGUAUGUGAUGCAUGUAAACUAAAGGGUUUGAUUCGGGGAUUUUGUAUGGGCCAUGCUGCCCGUGCCCUUUUAGUUUAAUUGAGUCUCUGUUAAUUUAAUCAGCAAAACUAUUUAAAUUUGUAAUUGGUGGUCAAAUCUCCAAAACCUCCUAAUUAUUUUAUUUUCUUAUUAUAUAAGGAGCACGUACGUGCAAAUAUGUACGGAGACUAGUUAAACUUAAACUUAAGACAUUAAUUUUGGUUAUUGCAUAAACUAGUUCACUUGAAACCAUCUUUAACUUUUGUCUAUUUUUCCCCGGGAUAAUAAUACUAAUUGUGUUUUCUUUCCGUCAAUAAAAUAAAAUAUAACUUAAAUUAAAGGCAAAGAUUAAGCAAACCUGGGAAAUAGGGAAAGGACGCGGGGAUUGGAAUUUUACGUAAUCUUCUUUGAAAGCAGAGAAUCACCUGAUAACUUAUUUUAGCUUUUCCAACUUGGAAGAACUAUUCCUUUCUUAUUUUAUAUUUUUUUUUAACUUUAGUAAUUUUCAUAUACUUUGUUUUUUUUUGCUUAAGCUUGGGUGCCUCUACCUAUUCUAUUAAAAUAAAAAUCAUGACAUUUUCAAGUGUGAUUUUUUUUUUAAUUUAGACCAUCAUUUAGAAAUUUUAUUAAAUGUAUUUUAUUAAAACUAAUAACAAAUAGAAUCUUUGGACUACUUUAAUGAUAAUAUCUUUUGAUAUAUUUUCAUUUUAAAUAUAAAAUAUAUAUUUUAAAAAAUCUAACAAAUUUGUUUCAAAUUUUUUUAACAAGAUCUUAAUUUUCAAAAUUCUAUGUAAAUAUUUUCACUAAUUUUGUAAUUAGUUUUGAAAUACUAUUAUGUGAUCAUAAUCAUUCAUAUUAAAAGAAAAUUAUUGUAUUGAGCUAAGUAUGAUAAAAAUUUUUAUUAAAUUAAUAAAUUUAUAUAUAAUUUAUUUUGGGGCAAUUUCUUGUUUACCAUCUUCAUGGUACUUAUUCAUCUUUACUACCACUAAAAAGACAUUUUCAAAAUAUUUUUUUCAUUAAGUGGUUAAAGAUUCGUAUACCCGUGUUCUCUAUAUAUAUAAUAAAUAAAUAAUUAUUUAAAUAAAUAAAUAGAUUUUUUUUUGUGUUUUCGAAUUUAAUUUUUCAAAUUCAAAUUUUUUUAUAAUUUUUCUUUUUGAUUUUGUUUUUUUCGAAUUUUGUUUUCCAAAAUUUCUUUUUGAAAAUCGAAAAUUAUGUUUGAAACAACUUUUAAUUUUUUAAUAUAUUUUUUUAAGUAUUUAUUAUAUAUUUAUUAGAAUACUAAAUUUUACAUUCCAAAAAUUUUAUCCCACUCCUCAGCGGUAAACCUUAAUUCUAGAUUAUUUAACCCUAACGAUAUAAAUAUCUUUUACCCUUCAUUAAAAGUGAGGGUAAAAAUGAUUACUUUUUUUUUUGACAGCAGACAAUUUACAGACUCAUGUGGACUCUGUAAACCAAAUUGGAAACUCUGCAUACAUGUGUACGACGAAAGACGAUUGAUGUCGGGCACUGCGUGCUAAGCUAUCCUUCUUUUGGUUCGCCGUCCUUGGUACAUGUACGAUGUCUGAGUUGAGAAAACUACUCCUCAAAAGCUUAAUGUCUUCUAGAUUACUAUAAACAUGAAAAGUGGUACUAUGAUUGUGGUAUUUGUGGUAAUUUCUCAUUUAUUUUCAUAAUUAUAAAUAUUUAUGGUCAAAAAUAUAAUAUGUUUGUAAGACAGCUUAAUAUUAACAAACUAUAAAAUACACAUUUAAAAUAAACAUGUAUUUGAUUAAAGCUAAUAAAAUAAAAUAUUUUUAACUACUUUAUAUAUUAAAAAAACAAAUAUUCAAACAAAUCUGUUGAUACAUUAUUUUGAAGAUAUUUUAAUUUUCAAAAAGUUCAUGUAAAUAUUUUCACUAAUUUUUUAAUUAGCAAUGAUAUUAUUAUGCAUUAAUAUAUAUUCAGUUAGUGUUUAUAAAUGGAAAUAUUCUAUCAUAUUUUAUUUAUUUUAUAAUCAUAAUCAAUCAUGUUAAAAUAAAAUUAUUAUAUUGAACUAACUACGAUAAAAUUAUAUUAAAUUUAUAGAUUUUACUUUCAUAAAUAUAAAUAUACAUCUUAAAAAAUACAAUACAAUGAUAGAACGACUUAACAUUAGCAAAAUAUAUAAUAUGUGUAUCAAAAUUAAGAUUUGUAUAUAUACAAUAAUUUAUUAUCUAAAAUGAAUAAACGUAAAAAAAAUAUUGCUAAAAAGAAUUCAGCUUUGAAAGUCGAGUCAUAAUUUAGCAUAAAUUAAAUAUAAAAUAAUUUUUAAAUAUGUUGUUUCAUGCAUAUAUUUGUUCAAUAACUAAAUGCAAAUAAAAUAAGAUAAAUAUAUAAUAAAAACAAUAAAUACAUACUAUGGUUUUAAAAAAUUGAUGAACUAUAGCAUAUAAACUAUAAAAUUAUUAAUUAUUUUAUAUGAAAUAGUCAUAUAAACAUUUAAAUAUAUGAUUAAUGUUAAAAAUAUAUACCACUAAUAAUUUAAAAUAAAUAUCUAUGUAUAUAAAAGUAAAAACAAACAUCUGCGUCGUUGCACAUGUCAAGAUCUAGUUAUAUUUAAAAGUGGCAAGUGUUACAAUUACAAAGUUGUGAUUGAUCAAACUAGGCAUGAAAUAGGAAUAGAGCCGUGCCUAUAGCAUGAUUAAAAAUGCAUUGGUCUUAGGCCCCAACAUAAUCUAAAAUUUUAGGAGUCCCUAGUUGUAAUAAAUGUUUAUAAUUAACCAUAUAAAAAUCUCACAUUAUAAGUUUUCAACAUAAUUUCAGUCUUCAUUUUAGUUAUAGUAAGUAUGUACUCUUACUAAUUUUAUUAUGUUAUAACUAAAUUAAUAAUUAGUUUUAAGAUAUGCUUUAAUCUUUGAGUUUUUACCAUACUUUUCAUUUCAUAAUUAGCUUUUUUAAAAUGAAUGAAAUAGCAUUUAUGUAAAAUAAUCUUAUCAUUUAAAUCUUACUUAUGAUUAAAUAUAUUUUUGAACUAAAUUUAAACUAUUAAUAUUAACUUUUUAAGAAAAAACUUAUUGGCCUUAGGCCUUUAAAAUGUUUCUCACUGCACUGAAUAGGAAAAUGAGUAAUUUUCAUAUUCAUCAUCAGCUAACCAAUUAUAACUGAUUUCCAAACUUGUAAGUUUUGAAAACUUAUCUAUUUUUAUUACUCUAUCAAAGGUUUAUGGCUUAUUUGUUUGAUCCCAAAGGUUGCAAGAAAAAUGAGAUUAACAAAAAAAGCGUUGCAGGAAUCUUAAAAGUAAGCACAAAACACCAUUUAGUCGAUUUUCAAAAUAACUUGUUGCAUUCUAUUUUUUUUUCAUAUGUAAUUACAGAGACAAACGAUAAUAUAUUCACAAACUUGUAGUUCAACAAACGUUUCGCUGGUAACUCUUUAACUUCUGUUUCGAUUGAAUUAAAGGGAAAUUUUCAAAAUAACUAACUUUCUAUUUUAUAUGCAUGAUUCUCGUACUCGAUCAAAUUUCUAUAAUUACCACUGUUUUCGAAGAUUUCAGUUCAAAUUAAGCUAUGUUUUUAAUAGCUGAAAGGAAAGGGCGAGACAUAAGGAAAGUACGUAGGCCAUAUAUGAUUUGAAACUGAAGUUUUCCUCUUUAACAAAAUUUCAAACGGGUUACGAUGUAUAUAGAUAACGGCCAUCAAUCUAAAAAAAUCAGUGUAAAACGUAUUAAAAGCGAUAUUUCUAAGGAACUAUUUAGCGAACUAAGACACCAAAAUAUUAGAAGGCGGCCGGUCUAAUGUUAUACAAUGCCCUAAGCUAGUUUAAAAAAUAUGUCCUUAUAUAUAGUUUAUCCAAAAUUAUAACAUAAUAAAAAUACAAAUAUCUUAAACUUUUAUAAAACAAUAGAAUACAAUCAAAUUUUUUAUAAAAUAGUAAUUUUUAAAAUUAAAAAUAAAGUUUUCUUUUACAUUUUUCUCCAUACAAAAUCAUUCAAAUAAAUCUCGUAUAGUCAAAUAUUCAAUAAUAGAUGUGUCAGGUUUUUUUUGGUAAAAUGAUGUGUCAGUUGAUUACAAAACAAAUCCGUUUAAUUUCUCAUGUUGUAUUUUAGAUCGCAAAUAAUUUCUAAAAGUUUCAGUUUUGAAAACCUUCUUGUAUAUUUGAUUAUAAUUUUCUCUUUAUCAAAAAAAAAAUAUACUUCAACAAGGUCUCCAAAUUAUUUCCAUAAACAAAUUAUAAUUAAUUAUGUUUAAAUUCAUACUCUUGUUUAUCUAUCUAUAUUAUUAAAACUGAAAUAACUUUUUUUACUAUUUUUGGAAACAUAAAUAGCAGUAUAAAUGAGAAUUGUUUGGAAAUAUGGAUAGAAGUAUAAGAAAAAAUUAUAGUGUAUUUUUCUUAAUCUGAUUAAUAUAAUUACAUUAAUUAUCUUUUCAUAUUUCACUUAGUUUAACAAUUUCAUUAAUUAAUAUUACAUUAACAAUACGUCACAUCAUUGAUUAUAUUACCAUAAUAAUAAUGAUGCAUAUUUUUAUUUAUUAGUUAAUCAACAUUAAUUUUGUGCCAAUUAUAAAAUCAAAAAUAUAAAAUAAUUGGGUUUUGCAUAUGGUUAAACGUUCAGUUUAGUUUGUUUUACAAUUUUUUUUUUUAAUUUUAGUUUCAAUUGAUGGAAAACUACUUAGCCAAAAACAUAAUUCAAAGACAUGUUUUGUGAAUAAAAUAAUAAGUUUAAUCAAAAUAAUAAAAAUGUAUUACAUUUAUUGUCACUUAAUUUUUUACUCCAUAUAAUUAUUUUACUAAAUAAAAAACUCUUUCUAUUUCACUUAGUUUAGCCAAACUAAUACACAUAGAAAGAUUUUAUUUUAUUAGUUUAUAAAAUCAGUUAGGCAUGAACAUUGGCUUUCCAUUUAGGUCCGAGUUACUUUUUUUGGGUAUCGUUUAAAAAAAAAUAGGCCGCUUGAAUAUUAUAAAUUUAUAAGUGGAUCUUGAGUUGGGUUUUUUCUGGGUCUGGAUGAAUUUGGUUCUAAUGUAUAUGAACCUAAAAUAUCUAAAAACAAAUGUAUUUGAAACGGAUUUGGAUAUUUGUACUAAAAUAAUCAUAUUACCAGAUUCGGUCUAGGUCUUUUGAAUAUUAUUCGUUAUAUUAUGACUCAUCUAAAAUAUAUAACACUAAUUAUGAAAAACAAAUAUCAAUAUAUAAAAAUGUAAAAAACAAUACCCGAUCUCUAGUUUAUUUUUAAGACUUCAAACAUGAUGCUCUCGUGCCAUCAUAACUAAAAUUGCAUAACAACUAUAUAUACACAUAUAUAUAUAUAUAUAUAUAUAUAUAUAUAUUAAUAAAACAAAACUAAAGUUGUUCUAUCAGUCUAGAUGCCAUAAUCAGUGGUUUGAGUGGUUUACCCUCUGAACGGCCCUCCUAAUUGGUUCAAUGCUGAACUGCUAAAAUUCAUUAUACAUCACUAGAGUGAGCAUUCAAUAUAUUUUGUUUGUCGCUGAAAAAUAUUAGUUAGUAGACAACGACAAAAAUAAUUACGAGGAUUUGAUCCUCGCAAAACUCAUCUAUAUAUGUGGUGAAAACAUUCUAACCUGCCAGGCAAGAGAGGUCACUAAUAUAAUAAUACUAGCUAACGUAUUUAAUGAAGCUACUCACGCUGAACCUAACUCACACAUGACGCAUACGACAGACAGAUUGAUAAAUGAACGAUGAACCGACCACAUAAUUCUCAGCGACCUAAACUCUUAUUAGAGAUUUCAUGAAAAUGAUUCAAAAGAUUAUGCGAGACACUUUCAUUUCGACACUACCGAGUAACCCAAACAAUUUUCAUCUAAGAGCAACCGAAGAUCACAUCGUGCAAUUGUUAUCUUGGUCCCGACUCAGUUUUACUUUAAUUUUAGUAGGUUCUCCAAAGGCACCAUAAUGAAGUUAUGAACGAAAUUGACCGUCUUUUAUAUGGUGUAUAUAAGUUUGCUCACUAUUCAGAAAUGAUCAAACAUGUUUAAAAUGCAAAAACCAAAAUCUUGGACGAAUUGAACAAUAUUUAGACACAAGAUCAUGAACGUAAUUGUUGUACUCCUAAGAUUUUCAUGGUGGUUUUAAAACAUAAGUGAAUAUGUCUUAACACUUUAUUUUAUUAAUUUAGUUUGAACUAUGAUUUAAAAACUCGACAUAUGAAAUACAAAAAGAAAGCUAAUGGUCUUUUCCAUAACACGUUAACAGUAUCGUAGUUUAGGGUAAAUAAUUAGACAUCCUCGUACCUAUACUGGCAUACAAACUUCUAAAUUCCAAUAUCUUUAAGAUGAUAUAAAACUUCUCAUGAUUUCUAUAGAUUUCUUUUUUUUUUAUUGUUUUUAUCAAUAUUGUUUAUUAUCAGUUUUGGGAAGUUACAAUGAUCAAGCUGAAAGCAAAAUACAAGCGAGAACAACAUAAAGAGAUUUAAACAUAAACACGAAAAUAAAAAAAUUGAUUUAAAAGUUACAUGCUUAUUGUGAUAUCUAAAUAUAUUCUUACCUACCGAAAAUGAAUAUGAUCUAACAAUGCAGUGGAAAAAUGUAUAAAAAGGAACAUAAGGAAUAAAAAAUUGAAGCCACAAAGCUGAAGAACAUGUUUUUAUCUUUAUUAGUAAAACAAAUCCAGAAGACAAAAUGCAGUGUAAGACGAGAUGGGAGUUUUUCUUUUUAAAGGCGACGAGAUGGGAAGUGUUCUGGGGGCAUUGACUAUACUUUUCUUGCACAUUAAUAAAUAUUUAGUUAUAAUCAAAGUUCUUGUUGGUAAAAAAAAAUUGUACAGCACAUAUAAUGUCCACUGUACGUACAACUCUUCAUAUACAUUGAUGCGAUUCUUUCAAUAUAAACGAUUGAACCACUAUAUCGUUUUAUUGACUAAGGGUAUUGCCCCCGCGUAAGCGCGAAAUUGUAGACAUAAUUCUUGUUUUAUCUUAAUAUUUGUUAAGGUUAUUGUAGCUGUGAAUUUUACGUUUUGGAUUGAUCAUUAUUUUUCAAGUUUUUUAUUGUUAUAGGGUUAGAGUUGUGAUGAUGAACAGUGUAUGCACUGCCAGGGCCGGCUCAACACUGAUAGGGGCCCUAGGGCAAAAAAUUUUUUUUUACUCUCUAAAAUUUAUAUAAAGAUAAUGUUUAAAAUAUUUUUAAAAAUUAAUCAAUAAUAUUUUGUAUAUUUUGUAAUGAAAAUAAAACUAUAUACAUAUCAAAUAAUUUUGGGCCCUUUUCAAUUUUAUUUAUUAUUUUAUAAUUUUUUUAUAUAUAAAAAUAUAGAUUUAUAAAAAAUUGGGCUCCUUAUUUAUCAUUACACGGGGGGACACGGGCUCGGACCCGAGGCGGUCGCACUGCUUGUCCCCCCUUGUAAGCCGGCCCUGUGCACUGCUCUCCACUCAUGAAAGCCUAAACUGUGUUAGUAAUGUAAUUGAUAUAGUUCGUGGUGUUGCUUACUAUGUCACUGAAACUUAUUGUUUGUUUGUCUUUUUAAUUUGUUACUUGUACUGUUAAGAUUACAUAAAUUAUAUUAAAGUUGUUGAGAGUAUCUUUUGUUUCUAGAUAUUUUUUUUCUAGUUUAAUUGUGUAAGUUGUGUGUAUUAAGUAAUAAUUUUUUUUAUUCUUAUUAUGUUGGUUAUAUGUUUUUUUUUUAAACUUGUUGCUUUUACCGGAUAUUUAACAAAUACAUACACUUGUAUAAAUAACUAUAAAAUGAGUGACAAUUAGUAUUUGGACCUUAAUGGGUUUUAAACGAAUAUAUGUAUUUCUCAUAAGAAGAUAAUAACAUUGGCAUGUUGACUCCAUGUGGAGAUGUUGUUACCGCCUUUGUGUCUGUUGGGAUUGUCUCUUGUACCUCCUGGUGUGGUUGUGUUCGUUUCUCUUUUAUUUGUUGGGUAAUAUGUGAACAAAAAUCUGUGUUAGUUAUAUUUAUUAGAGUUUGUAACUUACUCUGCUUUUGUGUUUAGGUAAUUUCAUUGAUCUUGGCUGUCGUUUUUGUCUUUUUUGUAAGCAUCUGCGAAAGUAAGUUUGUAAAUUGUUAAAUAGUUGGCCUGUAUUUGUUUAGAUGGUUCAAUGUAUGUGUCGUUGAGUUUUAGUUGAGUUGAUUGGUUUGGUAUAUUUUUUUUUUGCAGUUUAUUUGUAAGAUUAGACAAAAAGAGAGGUGAUCAUUAAUGAUUUGUCUUUUUUUUGGGAUUCUAGUUUUUGAUGUUUUGAUUAUUUUUGAGUUAUUGUGGUUUCUUUUAAUUGCCAAAAUAAAAAUUUGUGUAAAAUUAGGUUGAUAAGUAAGGGAGAUAAAUAGACGACCAAAAAUCUUGGAAAGAAAAUAUUUUUGAUUAUUGAUGUUAGCACAAUAUAGACAAUAAUAUAAAGAGAAUUAUGUGUUGAUUGUUUCUUACGGAUCAAUGAGGAGACGGUAACAAAUCGAGUUGUUUCAUUGGUGAGGCCAGAGCUCUAGACAUGACGGAUUUGCCCAACCACAUCUGCGAGUUUAAAUAUCAGUUAUGAUAUCAAAACAUAAUAUAAACCCAUAUGCAAUAUGAUAAUAUACAUGGGAGUUUUAGGUUUGUGUUCACAAUCACUUGGAGAUUGUGGAACAGUCUAAUCUUGACUGGAGAUUGAUCUCAGGAGCAUCUAUGAUGAUUUCAUCAAUAAUGGUUAGUGAGAUGAAACGAAUGAGGAAUGGAUGAUCAGUUAUCUUGUACAUGCUUGAGCACCUAGCAACCUCAAAAUGAUCGACUUUCACAAUGGAAUAUGCUUUUAAAGAUGACAUGUAGUGAUUAGCACGUCUGACGGGAGUAAACCCAUAAAUCACAGAAUCUGCAAAUAAUAUCAUUCAACAAAGAAUCAGGAAAUCAAUUUAAACAAUUAUGUUAAAUAAAUGUGAUAGAUCGAAGAUUAACUUACCUUUUCAUCAAGGAAGAGAACCGUGAUUCCCACAAACUCCAUGUCUUUCUUGAAGUUAAGGGAAUCCAAGAAGAGGAAGAAGCCAGAGACUAUGUUCUGACUACUACAACCUAGACGGAGAGAUUCGAAGGUUGAGUGACGGACGCCGAGACGCCGGUUUAAGGAACUGGAGAGGCAUAGAGAAAUAUUUUCUAGAAGAUGGUUAAAGCUAAGAGGAAUCAGUGAGUUUUCUGGAGAUGCAUAUUGUGUUCAUCAAAGAUGAGAAUCAUAUAUAUAUAUAUAUAUGAUUUACCGAUUUACAGAGGGGCUAUAAAUCAUAAACAUUUAUGAGCAAUCGAUUUAAGAUGGGGACAUGAAAAGUUCACUGGUGAAAAAAUAGAUUACGAACAGACACACUUUGCAACUCUGCAACUCAGACUUGUUUGAGACAAUGAUGAAAAAAAAUCAAACUCAUGUUAAACGACAACAGUUUACAAUAUGGGAAAACUAUAAUUGUUGCAAAUUUGACCUUUUUCAUAUAACGUGAUGAAUCCCAUUUAAAAAUGAAACUCGUAAUACACUUGUAGGUCCGAUCCUCAGAGGAAGCCUAAAAAGCAAGGACUUACGACCUUUAUAAAUAUAUAUUAGGUUCGGUCAUCAAUGUACAAAGUAUUAUUUAGUUUAGUGAUAUAAAUAUUGAUGUUUUUAUCUCAAUAACUCGGAUUCGAGCUAUGGACUUGACACUUUUCACACUUUUUAAAAGUGAGAUCCACAAAUCGCUGUCGUUGCGUGUUGAAAAGUGAAUAAAAACUCAACUAUUAUAAUAUAGAUUAUGACAUCUCAAGAUACCACAAACAAGUUUUAAUUUGUAAAGUACUAGUCAGAUUUUAAAACUCUUCUUUUUGAAACCAAAUCAUGAUUUAUAUUAUUUUAAGAAUUUCUUAUAAAGUUAUAAUUUUAUUUAUGUUACAAAAAAAAAGAUUUAAUUCUAUUUUUUAAAGCGUUUAAAGUACAGUUUAAAAGUUGUAUGACAAUUCGUUAGCCCAUUCAAAAUUAAUAGAGUUUUAGUUCUAACAAUCAUUAUAAAAAACAAAUCAAGAACUAUAUUCUGAGCUUUAACCACUAAUUUCAAGUUUUAUACUCGUAUAUAUGAUAUCUUGGAUCUUUUAUUUGGAAUUUUGCUGUCCCUCUGUUCGAAGCAUUCUUUGCUUAAAAACAGGUUAGCCCCAGGAAUAAAGUUAAGUUCCAAUCCCACCCCCAACGUUUUGGGUUCAAGAUAUACAUCUUUUAUCUUUAUGUCUGAUAUUAUUUAUUUUCAAGAAAGUUUAGCAUCGUCGAACAUGUUGCACGUUAUCUAAAUGCUUUUAUGCACCUUAGAAUUUUCAUUGUCUUACGGUUCGAACUACAGUUCAAUCGAUUAAAAAAUAGUUUGAUGACAAUAGCGUAUAUAGUACUGGAGUAUAUAGCAAGAAAAUGUUUAUUACACUAUUAUAUAAUAUAUUUUGUUCUUGAAAACGAAAAUUUAACUUCUUAGAAAAUAAUCCUAAACAUCUGAAAACUUGAAUCCACUCUUGCAUUAGCUACAUUGUUAUUCACGUUCUCAUACUGUUAUGGUUUAAUUAUAAUUACUGAAAAUGAAAAGUUUAUGUGUAGAUAAAUAUACAUAUAUAUAUAUACAGAGAGACAUGUGUAAUCCCUAUUACUUAACCACGAAUCAGCGUUGCAGUAUCAUCAUCCUAUUGGACUUUGCAGACGGAUUUCCCUAAUGCCUACCUAUAUUUAGUAAUUUUAAAAUUAAAAGUUUGUGUUUUAGUUAACCAUCUUUAUCGAACUCGAGUGAAUUUUCUACAAUUGUUUCUUCAAAAGCAAAAAGAGAAAUCGAUGAACAACACCACUAAGUAAAGUCAAGCAGCUUGUGCAUCAUAUUUUCCUAUAGUUUUGAAUGAAUAUAACCUAUAAGUUCGAACAUCUCGCAAGAAUUAUACAUUCUUUCGUGCUACAUGUGAAAUUUCGUGCAUUUGUAGUAGUAUCACAUUUUGUAAGUGAAAAAAGAUAUAAGAAUCAUUUUAAUCACAUAACAUAUGGCAUACGUAAUUACAUAUGCAAGUAAAAAACACUUGGUCGGAGCAUUACAAGAUACUUAAAACAAAACGUACAUGGCAAAUAAACAUGUCACAUGUGUAAGCAAAUAGCAUAGCUGUAUAUAUCCCAUACUUCAAGUCUCCAUCUACCAUGCCAACAUUAAUCCUUGAUGGAGACACUAUCUAAAGCACUUCAACUAACUCAAGUUCACUAAAAAAGCUUAGUUACAUAACAUUACCUAUACAAGCAGUUAUAUAACAUCGCGGUCUUUAUAGUUUUGGUCUUUAUAGUUUUGUAUGUAAUUCUCAUCUCAGUCUAUCUUCGUUACUCGUUUAGUAUAAAGGAUGAUUUUUUUAUCAAACAUGAUCAUAUCUAGAACAAGACAAAACGAUGAUACAAGCAUAUAUAUAAAUAUGAAAAUAAAUGAAAGAAAAGGAACACACACAAAGCGAAUCGUGAUGCGACCGUUCCCUUGGCCUGUCAAAUAAAUCGUGACCAUAGCCCGACCCGGUUUCAGCUGUCCUAAACGAAUAGUAAAGCGACACGUAAUCCUAGUUCCAGCACACGUAAGCAAUCUCCGUCACCGUGUGAGACAACAUGGGCCCUCGCUGCCGUCUCGUAACGAGACCAAUAUUCAUCGGCACACCAAAGGCUUCUCUGUUAAAACUUAAAACUCACUGUUGUUUUUUUUAACUUAACGCCGUUAAAACCUUCUCUUUCCUCCUCGUAUAAAUACCCAGAGAAGCUCUUGUCUCAUCUCUUGCUCUUCGUCAUAAUUUAUACUCCAAGACAAAUAAACGCCGGAGCUCCGUUUUAGUUACCCGACAACCCGAAACCUCUCCCUCUUUAUUUUUCUUUCGGUUUUUGAAACUAGUUUCGGCCGUUGUCAUUUUUAAUCUGUUAGAGAUUUCUGGGGAUUUUAUUUUUGCUUUGGAUAUUCUUAAGCACUGAGUUUUAUAGCUUCUUGAGCGAGAGCGAGAGAGAGAGAGAGAGAGCGAGAGCGAGAGAGAGAGAGAGAGUAAGAGCUUUUGUGUCAGAAUCAGAUUCGACAUCGCACGAAGAAGAAGACGACGACAUUUUCAGGCUUAGACACAGAAGACAGAACGAGCCCCACUCGUGCCCGGCGACGGAGAUAGACUCAACCUUAAAAGCAGAGCUGCUAACUAACAAUAAUCUUAAAUCAGAUUCGCAGUUAUCGAAACAUAAGGGCUGAAAAGGCAAGCGAACACAAAAAGAGGCAAAGAUGUUCACUUGCAUAACUUGUACCAAAGCAGACGGAGGUGAGGAAGUCGGUGCGCGUGGAAGCACCACUCCCAAUACUAAAGAAGCCGUCAAAAGCCUAACCACACAGAUCAAAGAUAUGGCAAUGAAAUUCUCUGGUGCUUAUAAACAAUGUAAGCCAUGCACUGGUUCAUCUACCAGCCCCAUGAAGAAAGUACAUAGGCCGUUCCCAGAUUAUGACAAUGCCUCUGAAGGUGUUCCGUACCCUUACAUGGGUGGAAGCGCCGGUUCAACUCCUGCGUGGGACUUUACAAACUCCUCUCACCAUCCAGCUGGACGGCCAGAGCCAAAAUUCACAUCAAUCUAUGGAAACGAUCGGGAAUCUAUCUCUGCUCAGUCUUGUGAUGUGGUACUAGAUGACGAAGGGCCUAAAGAGUGGAUGGCUCAAGUAGAACCCGGUGUCCAUAUCACAUUCGCUUCCCUUCCCAGUGGAGGCAAUGAUCUGAAACGUAUCCGCUUCAGCCGGGAGAUGUUCGACAAGUGGCAAGCUCAACGGUGGUGGGGUGAGAAUUAUGACAAAAUUGUUGAGCUUUACAACGUACAGAAAUUUAACCGCCAAGCUCUUCAAACGCCUGCUAGAUCCGAGGAUCAGUCACAGAGAGAUUCAACUUACUCGAAGAUGGAAUCAGCGAGAGAAAGCAAAGACUGGACUCCAAGACACAACUUCAGACCUCCAGGAGUUAAUGUCCCGCAUCACUUCUAUGGUGGCUCUAGCAACUAUGGUCAUCAUCAUGGAGGACCUCCAAUGGAUGCAGCUCGAACCACCACUUCUUCAAGAGACGAACCACCCUCAAUGAGCAACGCAAGUGAAAUGCAGGCUGAGUGGAUCGAAGAGGACGAGCCAGGCGUUUACAUUACCAUCAGACAGUUAGUAGAUGGUACUAGAGAGCUACGUCGGGUCAGAUUCAGCCGGGAACGUUUUGGGGAAGUGCAUGCAAAGACAUGGUGGGAGCAGAACAGAGAGAGAAUACAAAGCCAAUACCUCUAGUAACAGAGAAAUACGAGUGUCUUCCAAAUCAUUAAUUAAUUAACCUUUUCUCCACAUAAUAACACAUCUAUAUACAUUUUGCUUAUCUUGGUUUCUUCUUAGUUUAAGAUCCAUGCCUAAUUUAUGAUGUAUAAGUAGUCGACAAUUAAUCUGAUUACAUAUAUAGCCAUCAUCAACCGUUAGAACCUAAAAA